AUGGAUGUUGAAGAGAAUGAUUUUGGCGAAAAGGGAGAUGAAUAUUCUGGUUGCUGGGACGUGGACUUUGAACAUAUAGUGGAUUGUACUAGUGAAUUUACCACGAAUGAGGUGUAUCGCACCCCGCUACAUAAGCCAGUUGAGUUUGUUGAUGCAUUUCCACAAGCAUUAAGGUCAUACAUCCAUCAUGUAAAAGAUGUGGUAGCAGAUGGACAUUGUGGGUACAGAGCUACUGCAGCAUUAUUAGGUUAUGGUGAGGAUGGAUGGGUACAAGUAAGAGGAGAUUUAUUGAAUGAGCUUGAGACUUAUUCAGUUCACUAUUCAGCACUUUAUGGGUCUGAAAAUAGGAUCUAUGAGCUAAAGCACUCAUUAGCGUACUUUGGACCUGAUGCAAAUUUUGAUCGAUGGAUGACUAUGCCUGACAUGGGCCAUAUUAUUGCAUCAUGUUAUGAUGUUGUACUUGUGCACCUAUCUAAUGUACAAUGUCUAACGUUCUUACCUCUUAGAUCAAGACCAGUGCCACUAUCAGACUGUAGAGAGAUCGCUAUCGGAUUCAUCAAUCGUCAUUUUGUGCAGGUAUUCUUGAAGCCAAGUCAUCCAAUUCCUCCUAUAGCAACAAACUGGGACAGAUACCGGGAACCAUGGACUACAGAAUGGGCCACCCCAUAUAUUACUCGCAUACAACAAUUCAUAUAUAUUACAAGGUCUACUGUUAUAACUAGAGAAACAAUUGCAUCUGAUGAUGAUUGA